AUGACCUCUCAGACCCGCAAGCGAAAGUUUGGGACGUUUCAAUGUGCCAACUCUGAAGCCUCGUCAUCCAUUGAGGUUGUGAGAGCUACCAAGAAAGAUCACAAGAUAGUGCCUCGAGCUGCAGAGAAAGGGAAGACAGGUCACAACGGCGAUGAGACGCAAAUCAUUGUCAAGCAGGAACUUGAUUCGAUAACUGAUAUGAAACCGUCCCGCACGUUGCAGGCUAACAAUCCCAACAAAGUUUGCUCUGUUAACGAGAGCAUUGAAGAUAUCAAGAGUAUCGCAUUGAGUAGCGAACAGCUUGUGGCUCAGCUUCGGGAGGAGACCAUAGACUGGAAGGAUGGGGUUGCUGAACAAUCUCAAAAGGUGGUGCAGUCUUAUGAGACCCGGAUGAAGUCCACUGAGGAUAGUGUCAACGCAGUUGUUGAUGGAUCCAAGGCUCUGGGGAAGAAAUACGAGCAACUUGCUGGUGAGAUCAACAAGAGAACUGAUGCCCGCCUCAAAGAGUUCACCGACCACAUGGCUGCCUUCUUCGCACAAAAGGUCACCGCGGCCCCCUAUGCCAACAACCAUUUUGGUGUUGGCGACUUCGCCUGCAGCACCCCGUCAGUCGCAAAUUCAACUGGAUCGUUCAAAAGUUCAUCAGAAGCUACUAAAAGCAGUAUGAGUUCGUACACGAGCAUACCCCCAACUUCUAAGCUAUCAGACAAGGUCACGCCGACAGCCGCUUCCGUUGGUUCAAAAACAACGACCAGCUCUGUCUUGAAACUGGGCAUCUCCUCGAAUGGAUACUUCACAGACACCCGACUUACCAAGGCGGGGUAUCAACACCUUCUGCACACUUUCGAUUUUACAGACGUCGCAAAAUUGGAACAUCUGUCGAAGAUAGACAACAGGAGUCACUCGAGAGAUUACUUCCUCUUCUGUGACCUCACAAGCCCGAACGCCAAUACAGACUACGUCAUUAGAAUAGGCGAGUCCGCUGCCAGUAUUAUGGAUCACGCACCUGGCGUUAUCUAUAAGAACCACCCGGAUCUGAUGAACCACAAUCUUACUUCCUUGCGGAUCUUCGAAUUAGAGAUCUCGGAUGACAAGGCUAGCCGCAAUGAACUGGCGCAGCUCGAUGAGUGGAAAAGAAAGUAUCAGCCCCCUCGAUAUGUUUACGACUUAGGUCAGCUGUUCUUGUUCCGCCACUGGAAGAAGGGAAGUACCAGAACCACUCUGAUAUCCAGCUGCUACAAUGUGGUCAUGGAUGUCACGAAGGCCGAAAAGUCACUUUGGCUUGUGGCUAGGCCUGGCUGCCCGUUAGACGUGCGCCAGAACUCUAAGAACCAUAAAGACCAUACUAUCGCCUUCAAUCAAAGCAGCCGCUCCUACAUAGCGUGCUUAUCAAAGAACGUGCGCAAUAUUUGUUUCACCCGCGAGAAGAACUCGCAGGAUUCCUUCCCCGAAUUCACAAGGGCAGACAACUUGGUCCUUGAGUCCGCUUGCAACGUCCCGGUGGAGAUUCGUGCUAAAGCAGCUAACAUCAAGAAAAUGCAGGAACUCAUGGAGUCUGCCUGA